AUGUCUUCAAGCGAUGAAGGAGAUUUUCCAAAACGAAUGCGACGGAAGCGAAAUCAGAGUUUUGAGCAUGAACAAUUUCAGUCCCAUCAGUUUGAUUUUAAUAUUGAUGAAGCAAAUGAACUGGAUAAUGAAACUACGGCUGAUGUUGGAGCAAUAACAAUACAUGAUGAUUUACAACAACAGAAUUUAACUCGAGAUCAAUUACAACAACUAUUCUCUCGAGUUAGUUCUGAAUUAGUUGCAGAAUCAACGGAUGAUCAAGAGUUUUUUAAACGUAAAGCAACAAUCAAAGUACCAAAAACAAAUAAGGUGAUACAAACACCAUUUCCAUCUUUUCGAUCAGAUCGUCAAGAGGAUUUCGACAUUAGUAUUGAACAAUUGAAACAACUGGCUAAAAAAUCGGCAGGUCCACUGAUCAUUGAAAAGCAUUCUCCUUCUGAAAAAGAAAUUGAUUAUGCAUUAUCAACCAUUGCAUUAACAUUUAAUCAAUUCAUGAUAGCUAUUUCAUCACUCAAUGAACAAAUAAAUCCAGAAGAUCUAGGUAUAUCAUUAAUACCAAAACCAGAAGGUCAAUGGAGAUGGAUAGACACGAAAACAGUUCAAUUUGAAGCAAAACAUCGUUUACCAUAUUCAACAAAAUAUGCACUAAGAGUCAACAAAGAACAUUGUGUGUCAACAAUCGGAGGAAAGUUAGACGAUGAAUUUUUCUUCGAAUUCUCAACAAAAACAUUACAAGUUCUUGAAUUUUUACCAAAUGGAACAGUUUCAACAUUAAAACCUAAAUGUUUUCUGCUAUUCAAUCAGAAAAUCGAUAUAAAUGAAAUUUUCAAGCAUAUAUGUGUAGCCAGAGAUGAUGGACAUCAAAUUCAAACGGAGAAAUUACAAUUAUUAGAUGAAGAAGCAGUAAAAAGUGAAUUUAAAUCGUUCAUAAAUCGAAAUGAAGAAAAGCGCCAGCAAUAUAUUGCAUUUACAUUUAAAGAGGAUUUAUUAAAGGCAACACAAUAUACAAUUCAAGUACCUAAAGAUUGUCCAUCAGCCGAAGGACCACUAAAGACAACAUUAGAAUGGUCAGAUGAUUUUACUACGUAUAAACGUUUACAAAUAACUGAUUGGUUUCCAAAUAUAAACGAUACAUACCACCAGACUGCUAUUCCUGGUCAAAGUUGGACGAUUACAUUCAAUAAUUCCUUAGAUCAUUCAACAAUUAAAAAAUCCAUAUUUAAAAUCGAACCGGAAGUCAGUGGUUUAGGUAUUGAACAUAGAAAAUACAAUAGUCGAGAAAUAUUAAUACAUAAUAAUUCUCAACCAAACACAGUUUAUACAUUGUUUAUACAAUCAGGAAUAUUGAAAGAUAUUUUCGGUCAAACAUUAGAACAAGAUCAUUCCAGUCAAUCAAUUCAAUUUCACGUAGAUGAGUUCAAUUCACCAUUAUCUGGAGCUUUACAGGGUGAAUCAGGGAUGAUUACAUUGGAUCCUGGCCUAUUGGAUGACCCGUAUUACUCAUUUGUAGUUUGUAAUUAUUCAGAAUUAAUACUUCGUAUUACUCGAGUAAAACCAGAGCAUUAUCAAUCACGUUUACUAAAUUCCUAUCGAGAUUCUGAUGAGGAUGAAGAACAAGAAUCGUAUACUAACUUACCUGGUGAAGAACUGCUAAAUGAAAUUAUUCAAACAGACUGUCAACAAAAUGAACCCAAAGAGAUAAAAGUUCCGUUAAAGGCGUAUUUGACGAAAUCCGUUGGACUGGGUCAACUAUUUAUAUCAAUUGAACCAACCAAAAAAGCACGCGAUCAAUUAAAACAUAGGCCAUGGGAAGGUAGACCAACUCUAUUAGUCUGGCUACAAUGUACAAGAUUAGCAGUCGAUAUAUUUACAUUUUCAAAUAAGGAUGGUACAUUAACUGCAUGGGUUAGUAAUUUAAUGACUGGUGCACCCAUAAGUCAAGCAAGUGUUUCAAUAUUGAACCAUAAAAAAGUAACAAAUCAACAAGGAUUAUGUACCAUUGAUAGGUACAAGACAGAAGAUGUUUCAAGAAGAGAAGAAGAAGACAGAAAAAACGAAAUAUUAGUGGUAGAAAAAGAUGGAGAUCUCUGUAUGAAAGUAAGUAUUUAUCCUGAUCAAGCAACUGAUGACGUUUACGUUUGGCAUGUAUUUAAUGAUCGUGGUUUGUAUAGACCAAAGGAAGAUGUGCAUAUAAAAGGUUAUGUUCGAUUACUGAAAAUAGAAGGUGAAGCAAAACUACCUACUUAUGCGCAAGGUAUAGUUGAAUAUAAAAUUUAUGAUUCUCGAGGUGAACAACUUCAACAGUCAAAAGUGCAAUUGAAUCAUUAUGGGACAUUUGAUAUCAAAUUUACAUUACCUGACAAUGCUAACUUAGGUAAAGGACGCGUCGAGUUCAGUUUACCAGAUUCAAAAAGUGAUACAGAACAUUAUUUUCGAAUUGAAGAGUUCCGAACGCCAGAGUAUGUAGUUUCAUCGAUGAUUCAACCAACAAUAGCACAUUAUUGUCAUCCAACUACUGAUCGAUACGUUAUAGCUACUUGUGAAGGAAAACUAUUUGCUGGUGGUUAUCUAAGUAAUGCAAAUGUUCAAUGGACGGUGCAAGCCGAAACAACAACAUUUACACCAGCUAAUAGAUAUGAUUAUAUGUUUGGUAGAGCUAAGUCGUUCUCUUACUAUUCUGAUGAUCAUACUCAAAGCAAAAUAUCAUAUCCAAACAAGAGUUUGCAGGGUAAAACAAACAGCAAAGGUCAGCAUGAAAUAAAAAUUACUUAUCAUGGUAUUGAACAAGAACCAAGACCAAUAAUUGUUCAUGCAUUAGCAGUCAUUACUGAUUUGAAUUCUCAAACACAAGAAACACGAUCAGAUUUUCUCAUACAUCCAUGUACAUAUUAUGUUGGAUUUCGGUUCGUAAAGAAUUAUGGUAGGAUAGAUGAACCUGUACAGACAAAAGUUAUUGUAACAGAUAUUGAUGGAAAUUUAAUUGAUAAUAUUUUGAUUGAAUGUAAAGUCAUUGGAUAUGGCAAGGAAAAAAAAGAAGAUCAGAAUGGUUUAACAAUAUUUGAAGAAAUAACUGAUGAACAAAGAUUAGCAAUUGUCAGUUCAAAUAAAGACGCCGUCAAUAUUGAUUAUACGCCAAAAUUAGAGGAAUCAACCAGUACGAUAGCGUCAACUGCACCUGUGGAAUCAACGACGACAAGUGCUAAAUUACCAUUCCAAUGCUCACAUCACACUGUUAUAGAUGAUCCAACACGUCAUAUUUUGUAUAAUGCAACUCGAAGUUGUGAUGAUGAGAAUCUCGGUUGGGUUCGAUUCAUUGAUCGAGCAAAUAAUGGACGCUCAAUGAUAAUUCCAACUGUACAACCACCUUAUUUAGAACAUUGUGGCGCAGUUGUACCUGGGUGGUUAAAAGAUUUUACAUAUCCAACGACAAUUGGAACAACAGUUGCAGCUUCAGUUUGUGUUGAUUUUGUAAUAACAGGUUCAACAGUAAGAUUUUGUAUGUACACAAUCGAUAUACAAAUUACCAAUUGUGGCCAUGAUUUUUUCGUAUUCAAUUUACCAGCUGCACCUCGAUGCAAUCUUCGCUAUUGCACUAUUUGA